AUGUCGUUGACUACUAUUCUCUUCUUAAUUGUGAUAGUACUUCUGUUUAUUGUGUACUUCGAGGUUAACAAGAAGCCAGCACAGACAACUGACGAAGUUGAAAAUAAGUAUGAAGACCUAAUUUCACAAUUACAAAAACAAUUAAAAGAAAAGUCAUUGGAAUAUGAGAAGUUAAAAACUCAGCAUACGGCUCUCGAAAGCAGGGAAAGAGAAACUAAAGUGUCAUCUCUGAGUUCACUCAACGUGCUUAAGCAACAGCUUCAUGAUGUGAACUUGCAACACGAUGCUUCAAGAGCAUCUCAAAAAUUAUUGGUACAGAAAAACAUGGAGAUGGAGUCAGAAAUAAAGCAGCUUCUGAUUCGUGUGUCACAAUUGACGUCCGAGAAUGUCGAAAAGACUAAAGAAUUCGACCAAUUAGAAUCUCUGUAUGAUUAUAAGUUGAACAAAGAAAUAACAACUUUAGUAGCAUCAAGAGAUUUACAGAUUGCUAACUUGGAAGCGAGAUUGAGGGCAGAAGAAGAAUCAAAUACUAAAAUUAAACAAAUAACUGACGCUUUGGUGGCCAAUGCCACUAAAAAUAUGACAGAGUAUACUAUUCAAAUUGAGCAGCUUAAGGCCGAAUUAGCCGAUGAAAAGGUAGAUUUGGAGACAACAAAGACCUCCCUUCUUGAGAAAGGAAUUGAAUUACAAAGUCUUAAGGGUGACCGUAUGGAUCUUAAGAAAAAGUUGGAAUGUACUGAGUUAGAAUUUGAAGAAACCAAGAUGGCUCUCACGGAAUACCAUGAAAAUGAAUCCAAAAUCACUAAAGAGAAAGAGUCUUUAAGUGAACAAGUUAAUGCUUUGAAUGAAGAGAAAUUGGCUCUUAAUUCUCAUGUUGAAUCCUUAAAGUCAGAGGCGACCACUUUGAAAUCUGAAGUUGCAUCUUUGACUCUGGAAGUGGAUUCUUUGAAGACCACAGUAAAUUCAUUAGAGAAUGAGAUAAACGAUUUGAAGGCAGCUAGCAUUAAACAAUUACCUGAUAAAGAAAAAGAAGAUAAUGGAACUCAAGUUGCUGUUAAAGAAGGAGAAUCAGAAACUAACAAUUCAAAACUUGAUGAAGAAGAAUUCCAAGUUGAGAAAGUUAGCGAGAUUCCAGAUGCCAUUGAGCCUAAAGUUGAUAUGGAAAAGGGGACACCAAUUGAAGAACAUAUAUUAAAGACUGAUGAAAGUAAACGGGGAAAUGACGAGGAGAUACAAUCAUCUAAAGAGGCCCACACAAGUCAAUUUAAAAUUGAGACCCUUCCUACAAGUGAAACCAAUGAAGUUCAAGAGGAGCGUCAAGAGAAAGUAAGCGACACUGAAACAGAUGAGAAAGAGCUUACAGAUAGUGAUAUAAAUAUAGAAUCAAGUAAGCAAAAUGGAAGUAAACUUGGAAUUUUUUUGCACGCAACAGAAGGUACUGAUAAUAAUUUGGGGGACCAAUCUGAUGCUGUUCAGGUACAAAAUGAACAUGACAACAAUGAUUUUGAAGAAACAAAAGAGGGCCAAGCACCAGAUAAACGCAAUGCCCGCGACUUGAAGAAGUCUGAAAUCAUUGAACCACAAGAUGGCAAAAGUCCUGCGGAAAUUGAGGAAUUGAAGGAUACAGAACAAGAAUCCAUACCCGACUUGGAGGAAGCUGAAGCUGGAUCUAAUGUGACAUUAAAUGCCACAAUUAGCAAUGAAAAUAAAAGCAAAGAUUUAAAUGAAACUACAAUGGAAAAAACAAUCGAUGAUGAUGUCAAGUCAUUAGCUAAUGAAUUGAACACUGACAAAGUUGAAAGAGGUGAUAAUUUUCUGAGCGAAGAAGCCAAAGAAGAGCCACCGGAGGAGUUACCUGACGAGAACCAGGACUCCAAAAGGGAAACUGUCAUUGAAGAUCAAAAUGUUUCAAAAACCACAUCUGACGCACAAAUUGCCCCAGAAGCCACAAAGCCAAAGACCUCUGAAGAGGUCAAGGAGCCACUAGAAAAUGUGAUUCCAUCACAAAAGAAGCUGAAUGAGGAAUGGGAACAAGAAAAUGCUGCUGCAAUUACGAAAUUACAAGAUAAGAUUGUUCAACUUCAAAAUUCAGUUGAGGGAACAGAAUCUGAUACAACAUGUACGGAACUCUUAAAAGCUUUAAAGGACAGAAUUGAAAUUGAGACAAACAGAGCACAAGAUUUAAAAAGUAAACUAGAUUUGCAUGAAGCAGCCGAAAAUGUCAAAACACAGGCAAUGCGAGAGCAAUUACAGACAUUAGAAAACCGAAAUGAGAUUUUAAAUCAAAAAGUCGAAGAAUUGGAAGCUUCAAGCAAAGUACUUAAGAGUAAUCUGGCAAACCAAGACAUUCUUACCACUAAUAAUAAGGCAAACGAUGUGGAACACAAAACAGAUGAUUCGGGAGUCGACAUGCAGGAGGAAGGAAUGAUUACUGAUAAAGACGAUAAAGUAAUUCAAGACGAUAACGAAGACGAGGAGAAUCAGCAACUAAUGGAUGAUGAAAAUAUUAUUAAAGCACAAGCCACUACAGGAAUGUCGCCACUGAAGAGAAGCCCCAACAAGAAGAACAAGAAAAAGAAGAACAAGAAGAAUCUGACAACAUUUUAG